UUGAGAAGCACUGCCCUAACCCAAGGCAUGUUGCAUUUAUGGGACUUCAAUUUAGUUUUUAAUAUCUAUAAACACAUAUAUAAAGCAAUGCAAACAUAUGUAAACAUGCAUAAUACAUGAAGAAAGAAAAAGAUCAAUGGAUGACAAAGAUAUUCUACAAAUUACAACGUGUACUCACAAUGAUGACGACGAUGAUGAUGUUGCAGCAAUAUCCAAUUUCAAGGUUGAAAUCAGGGUGUCAUAUUUGUAAAAGAAUGGCAAAUUUGGGCACUGCAGUACAUUACCCAUUAUCAUGGUUUCACCCCUUCUAUGUUGUUGUUGUUGUUGUACGGCUAUGAGCAGUUGUUGCUGGGUGGCUUUGUUUCUUCUUUUGUAUACCUGGGUGAGCUCCAUCAAUGUUGUUUCGGAACUGCCGUGCACAAAAAUGUCAGGAUGACACUCCGCUGAUGUUACAUUACAGCUUGGGAAAUACGGAAGUGACCACCAGGUGGGCAGCACGCUGUGCAUUCGCUGACGGAAGACAACCGUCAAUCAACGACUAGAAAAAUAAUAGCGACGCUCUGAUUGGCUAAAUCAGUUAUGGAGAGUCUUUGCAUGUGUACUGUAUCUUUUUGCCCUGCUGCACUUAUUAAAAAGUUGAAUCUAACAAAUAUAGAGCAUACAUGAGCAAUAUAUAUGGGCAAGUUCAAACUUUUUUGUGGAGGUAUCAAUUACUUAAAGGAGAGUCGACACAAACAUUUUAUUUGCAAUAAUAUGUUGUCUGUGCCUCCACUAGUCUACACAUGGCAUUCUGAUUAAUAUUGCAUUUGUGGAAUACGGGUUGAGAAGCAAAAUUAAGCUGUUUUUAUCCAUCUCGAGGGGCGGCCAUUUUGCUCCUUGGCCAUUUUGCUCCUUGGUGUUGACUGAAAAUGACAUCACAGUUGUCUCACUCGUGAACAAGACCCAAAGAUGUUUGAACUCCGCCACUUGGGGCAGGAUCUCAUCCCCGAUCUGGAGAGGGCAUUCUACCCUUUUCCGACCGAGGACCAUGGACUCAGAUUUGGAGGUGCUGAUCCUUAUCCCGACUGCUUCACACUCGGCUGCGUACCGCUCCAGUGAGAGCUGGAGAUCACGGCUUGAAGACGCCAACAACACCACGUCGUCUGCAAAAAGCAGAGCUGCAAUACUGAGGUCCCCAAACCAGACACCCUCAACACCUCGGCUGUGCCGAGGAAUUCUGUCCAUAAAAGUUAUGAACAGAAUCGGUGACAAAGGACAGCCCAGUCCAACCCUCACUGGGAACGAAUCCGAUUUAUUGUCGGAAAUGCGGACUAAACUCUGGCAUCGAUGAUACAGGGACUGAACCGCCCUUAUCAGUUGGUUAGGCACCCCAUACUCCCCAAGCAUCCCCCCACAGAACUUUACGAGGGACACGGUCUUCUCCAAGUCCACAAAACACACGUGAACUGGUUGAGCCAUGCACCCUCGAGGAUCAUGCCGAGGGUAUAGAGCUGGUCCACUUUUCCACGGCCAGGACGAAAGCCACACUGCUCCUCCUGAAUCCGAGAUUCGACCUCCCGACGGACUCUCCUCUCCAGCACCCCUGAAUAGACCUUACCAGGGAGGCUGAGGAGUGUGAUUCUUCUGUAGUUUUAACACACCCUCCGGUCCCCCUUCUUAAAGAAGGGAACCACCACCCCAGUCUGCCAAUCCAGAGGCACCGUCCCUGAUGUCCACGCAAUGCUGUAGAGGCGUGUCAGCCAGGACAGCCCCACAACAUCCUGAGCCUUUAAGAACUCCGGGCAGAUCUCAUCCACCCCAGGGGCCUUGCCUCCAAGGAGUUUUUUUUAACUACUUCAGUGACUUCGACCCCAGAGACUGGAGAGUCCACCUCAGAGUCUCCAGGCCCUGCUUCCACAAUGGAAGGCAUGUCGGUGGUCAAUUCCACCAAUCACAUUUCACCUUCAGAAAACUGGUGAGCCGUGAUUGCUUGGGAAUUGAGACCUGGAAACUGUGAUGUCAUUUUUAGUCGACAGCGAGUGGCGAAAUGGAGAUGGAUGAAAACAGGCGGAUUUUCAUUGAAUUCAUAUUCCACAAACAAUCAGAAAACAGGCUUCCCCCUUUAAUGUUUCUCUAUUUAGCUCGACCCCUUUCUCGGGGAAAUAGAGGUUUACUAUUUUGCAACUGCAGUCAUGAAUGGCCGUCAUUUGCCUCAAGUAUGUGCUCACACUUGCUCCGGCCUGUCGACAGAAUGUGCAACUUGUUGUCGUUUCCAUAAAGUGCCCAAUCUUUUGAUGUGAAGUCGAGGGAUUUAAGACAGCCAUCUAAUCUGCAAGUAAUUCAAAGCAAGCCGCAAGACUUCAUAAGAGUCAAGAUGCAGAAGAGUAUUUGGCACUCACCGCCAAGUAUGGCUGUUGGAACUGGGUGAGGAGGAGACGUAAGGGGAAGAAAAGUGCAAGACGUAUCAAGGGACUAAAGACGGACACCAGGAAUAAUCGUCGCACAUCUCGAUGUUACGUUCAAGUUUCUACUGAACCCGCCACUUUGCCACCCUACCGCCUGCCGGCCCUCCGACUUUGACAUUGAGCCCGCAAGGCAGGGGAGCCCCAAGUGGAUUUUCAUGGCAGCGGCACUCUAGGGCUGCCAUGGCAGCUGCUGCCGCCAAUGCCUCACACCAUAUUUCCGCACUGACGCCGGAGGAAGAGGGACGACGGAGCGCCGUCAAGUUGUUUGGGAGCGCCGGCUCGCUGCUACGCACAGAUCGAGAGAGGGGGAAAGAGCGAGAAGAGGAGGAAGAAGAGGUGGGAAGAGGGAACGAGUGUUUGGUGUGUGGGGCUCUGUUUGCCUCUCAGGAGAAGCUCCGGCUCCACUCCUUGAGUCACACGGGAGAGAAACCCUUUCACUGCUCACAGCCACACUGCCCCAAGGCCUUCAGCUCCAAAUACAAACUCUUCAGGCAUAUGGCCACACACUCUCCACAGAAGACCCAUCAGUGCUCGUUCUGUGAGAAAAUGUUCCAUCGCAAGGACCACCUGAAGAACCACCUGCAGACCCAUGACCCCAACAAGGAGGCCUUCAAGUGCGAGGAGUGCGGCAAGCCUUACAACACCAAGCUGGGCUACAAGCGCCACGUGGCCAUGCACUCGGCCACCGCCGGGGACCUCACCUGUAAAGUUUGCAUGCAGAGGUACGAGAGCACGCCCGUCCUCCUGGAGCACCUCAAGAGCCACUCGGGGAAAUCUUCCGGCGGGGCCAAGGAGAAGAAACACCCGUGCGACCACUGCGAUCGCCGCUUCUACACGCGGAAGGACGUGCGGCGACACAUGGUGGUGCAUACCGGUCGCAAGGACUUCCUGUGCCAGUACUGCGCCCAGCGCUUUGGCAGGAAGGACCACCUGACGCGGCACGUGAAGAAGAGCCACUCGCAGGAGUUGUUGAAGAUCAAGACCGAGCCUCCGGAUAUGCUAGGCCUCCUCACCUCGGGGUCGCCUCCUUGCUCCGUGAAGGAGGAACUCAGCCCCAUGAUGUGCAGCGUAGGUCCUAAUAAAGACCCCAUGAUGGGCAAGCCCUUCCCAAGCGGGGCCCCCUUCCCCAUGGGCGUGUACAACCCCCAUCACCUGCAGGCCAUGUCAAACUCCGGGGUGAGCCACCCUCACCCGCCCCUGAUGUCCGCCCCCCUGUCUGUGGGCAUGGGCUGCCACGUGGACUCCACUGGAUCCCUGCACCCCCACUCCCAUCACCACCACCACCAUCACCACCACCACCAUCACCAUCAUUCCCCUCCGACACCCCCGCCCCACCACCAGUCCUCGGCCCCCCAGCAGCAGCACCAUUCCCAGCAAGGCCCCAAAUACCAGCUGGGAUCUACCUCAUACCUGCUGGACAAACCCUUGAAGGUGGAGAUGGAGAGCUUCCUCCUGGAUCUGCAGAGUGGCUUGCCCGGCCCGCUUCCCUCCUCGGAGCCUCACGCUGCUGUAUCGCCCCCCAAGGAUGGACUGGAGCCUCCUGCUGGCCUGGCAGAAGAACUUUGCGGGGAUCCCCUGCUGUCCAAGAGCCCUGCGGUGAUCGCCGAGGCUCUGUCUGCUGCUAACAUGGACUUCUCCCACUUGCUGGGCUUCCUCCCGCUCAACCUUCCUCCUUACAGCGCCCCCAUGAGCACUGGAGGACUGGUGAUGGGCUACACGUCGUCUGCCACCUCCUCCUCUUCCUCCUCCUCAUCACUGCACGCUGGCGAGCCUCACGCCGCAGCAGCCGCCGCAGCAGCCGUCAUGGCGCCUCUUACCUCUUUGCAACCACAACCUCAGGAGCAUCAGAGCUCCAGCGGGGGUCUGGGACUCGGACCCCUGCACCCUCUUCCACCAGUAUUCAGCUCCAGCCUUAGUACCACCACACUGCCUCGCUUCCACCAGGCCUUUCAGUGAGAGUGUUCAAGAUACGUAUAUUCAAAUAUAUAGUGAGUAGAUUUUAUUUUUAUUUUUAAAAAAGAACACUUACUAGAUGCCUUAAACAAAAGUGCACAAAAGUUUUUAAUUAAUCCCUUGAAGGAAAUUAAAAGGCCCUUUGUGGGGAAAAGGGUGAAAAAAAGGCAGCAGCUUUCAUUUGGGAUUUUUCCACCUUUUUCCUCUAGUUUUAAGUACGUAUUACCCUAAUUGCCAUUUAUGUCCCCUUAUAUUUGCAUCCCCCUAUUUAGUAGUGUAGCAGGCAGAAUCAGUAGGCCAAAAGGCAUGGUACUGCUUCCUUUUAAAAGCAAUAGAACAACUAUAUCAAAGUUUAGUGACGAUCUUUAUUGUUGUGACCCGAAAAAAUUAUAGUUUGAAGUGGAUAUUUUGUGAUUUUAUGAUAGAACGUCUCAUCUUGAGAGGAGAAAAAAAAAAAAAGCUAUAAAGUCCACAAUUUACCUCAAACGUUGGCCCAUUUAAUAACACAAAUGGGAGCCUUCUGAAGAAAAAGUGCUCUUUUCAUCAAUUUGACGGGUGGCCCCUGUUGCGUGGCGUCCGUUACAGUCAAGUUUGAAUGGAAAUCAGAAAAAGCAUGUGGUGUUUGAAAGGGGGCAAAAAGAGGAAGAAAUGUGAAAAGUGUUGGUUUAAAAAAUGAUGCUGGUUUUUUGAAAACUUUUCCUCAAGUGAAGCACUUUUUUAUUUUAGCAGAAGGCACUUCAUCUUUAGGAAUCUGCUUUGUUUCCUCUCUCAUGAUCAUAUUUUUGAGGUUGUAACACCCGGAAUCCACUGAGCUUCCCUUACAAGAGUCAUCCCAAAGGGAUUCUUGUGCAGGAUUCUUAACUAUCCCAUAUAAAGAGCCUGUUUUUGUCAGAAUUUACCAGGAAUUUGUAUGGACAGUGAAAAACUGAUGUAUUUUUUUCUUGACAAAGCUUUGGCAUUUUUCUGUUCAACAUAGAAUGUUAUCAAAAAGACAUGCCAUAGCCUCCAAAUUCCCAAACAUAUAUACAAUAUUUUAUUGUCAAAUGAUCCAUUUUAGCACAGCAGCAUGUCUGGUCUGUUGCUUGACGACACGCUAUUUGGUUUUAGUUCGGGGUACAUCCCUCGGAGCCCGUUCAAAUCCUGCUGGACUUUUUUUUUUGUGCGCUUUCCGACUAAAUACUUGUGAGGUUGCGUUGCAUAAAAUCUGCCUCCUUACGUUAAACCUUCUCUUCCGAAAAGAUGUCAUGAGGAUCCCUGACAUAUGUGAAUGCUUAAAACAAAAAGAGUUACAGUGACAGAUGAGGAAAAACGUGUUAAAGAAUGUUAUUGCAGUGUACGAAAUAUCUCAUAAAUGAUUAUCAUAAAUACUUUUAUCUCAGUAAAUGUGUAUUUUAGGUAGUUAAAGUGGUGAUGUUCUUCUUUUUGGAUGUCCGGCAGGUUUACAUUUAUGUUUAUCUUGCAUUUUUCUCAUCAAACAAUGGAUGGAGUAUUAGCUUUUUCCCUUGAGCUUUGUGUCAUAUCCAGUCUACCUUCGUGUGUACUUGAGUUUGCACAGUGGAAUCAGAACUGUGGAUGCUACGAUAUUUAUAGCAGGCUGUUAGCGGCUUAUUCAUCACUUAGGAUUUGAGCUAACUAGAAUGUCUCAAUAGAAAUGCUGACAUAGACGGACGGCCUCCACGCGUGAUCAUAGGUCAUUGUCCGGAUGAUGUAAAUCUCAUCCGGACAGCUCUAUGAAGCCAAGAUAUUUUCAAUCCCGCUAACCUAUAGGAAUCUGAGCCUAAACUUAACCCUCAUAUAGUGGAUACAGAAAGUGUGUUAAGGGGAAAUCAAGUCAAACAUUUUCUUUAAAAUAACAUUCCAUGCGGUUUCACGAGUCUAAACACGGUAUUCAUAUUUCAUAACAAUAAUAUUUGUCAGAAGACCAUGUUUAGACUUGUGGGGCUGCAUAGAACAUAUUGUAAAGCCACAUUUUGACAUGACUCCUUCUAUACGACCAUGAUAUAUCAUCAUCAACAACAGAAAAACUACAAACGAAUGUAAGGAUAUGAACAAUUUGAAAAGAAAAAAAAAUCUCUUAGUAGAGAGGAAGAACACUACUUUGUUUUAGUACUUGCUUUAAUGGAUUGGGCAUUUUCAACAUGACACAAACAAUAUUUGGCCACUCUGUCAAAAUGAACUUCUAUUCAGACCUGCAUAAAUGCUUCCACCUUGAAUCAAACAGCCCCAAAGCAUGAUGUAGAAUGAUUUCAUCUUUCAUCCAUGACAUCUUUCACCAUUACAUCCAAAUCAACAAAAGAACGCUUUCACUAAAAGAAGGGGGGAAAAAAAGAAGCCCAGACCUGAAACCAAUCUGAGAUGACACACUCACAAUCUGAUCAGCUCCUACCAAUCAGUUAUUCAAGCAAAAGGAGCUCCCGCAAAAUAUCCGUUUCCGAUUUCGUGUAUUGAUAAAGUCACAAAAAAACCUUUAUCCACAAUAUGUAAUACUCUCAUUUAAUGCUGCAGCCAAGCUCGUGCAACAAGCUACAAGUAGGCCACGCCCAUUUCAGGAUGUUGAGUUGUUGAUGAAUAACAAACAAAAAAAAACAUAGCACAUAAAAAGUAAAAUACGUAUUGCUGCUUGUAGCUACGGUUGCAGACAACUGUAGACCACUAGAUGUUCUCUUUUUUUUGUUUGUUUGUUUUUUGUUGUCGCAAAAUGGACAGAAGGAUGCACAACCAACCCAAACUGACAAAAUGUACAUCAGCCCCUCAAACCUCAGCCCCCCCUCUCCCCACUGCCCAUCUUCCCUCUCUCUCGGCUGCUUUGUAGAGUCAAAGAAAAAGGGUCUAAAGUAAUGACGGGGUGUCGCUUUCUUUUUUUCAUUUAUUUGUCUUGUUGUUUGUUAAUAUUGUGUUAUUGUCUGUUUGUACAAAGGACCUCGAGAGAAAAUACACAACACAUCACCUCAUUUUUUGUUUUUCUUACCAAAACCUGGGGAGAAGAAACUACAUUUUUGCUCAAUCGCUUGUCAUGAAAUGCUACGUGCCAUCCGACAUUUUUACUGUCGGAGAUGAAAGCACCAGGUUGUAAGCAGCUAUUCAACAUAUAUGUAAUACUCAUCCCACAGUCACCAGUAAAUCCCCUAAACAAUGUCAUUACUUAACUCUGGAAUUAAUUUCAAGUGUCAUUUUUAACCCCUGCAACGUACUUAUUUUAAAACAGGCUCUUGUAAAUGAAAUACGACAUGAUUUAUUGAGUCUAAACAAAUAAGCUGACGGCACCUUUUUUGAGUUUUUAACACAAGAUGUCUUGAGGGGGAAAAAAAAUAAAGAUUAAAAAUUGAGCUAUAAUAUGAUUCAAAGAAAGGUUGUUUCUAAGAAAAACCCUCUUGGCUUAAGCCAACUAUUGUAGCAAUCAAAUUUAACACGAUCUAUUUUUUUAGCAAAUAUUCCUAAGGAGGAAAAACUCAAAAAUCCCUCUGUAUACAAAAGAAUAAAGAAAUGAAAAGCUUUUGGCAUGUAUUAAGUUUGUCCUCCCUGGGUUUCUGUGAGCUAAUCUGAGUUCUAGCACUUUCAACCUUUUUGAAAAUAAGAGUAUUUUUUUUUUCCUUUAAAAGUUUCAGCUUAUAUGUUCAUAUGUUUUUUAAAUUUUGUAUUGAACCUGUAUAUGUAUGUGCCAUUAGCUUGAUGUGUAGACUUUUAUCAGCAUUUGUGCAUUUCUCUUCUCAAAAAAAAAAAAAACAACAAAAAAAGAGUAACGGUAUUUUUGAUAGACUUUUCACUAUUAACCUUUAUUGAAUUAAAGCCCAUUUACCUAUGCCCUUCCCAUCCCCAAUUAUACAAAUAAUAGUCUAAUUCCCUGGGCAAGUGCUACAAGAACACAACAGCAUACUGUUUACUGUGCCAAUGGCUCAGAAACAUAAUACAAAAAAAUGAAAGAAAAAAAAAAGCACUUAAAUCUCAUGAAUUAUUAUGUCCCAUGUUAGGGUAGUGCUGUAGUGCUACACAAUUUGCAUUGAAAGUUGCCUUUUCAGUAAUUCACUCUCCAUCUGUCAAAUAGCACUUAACUUACAAAGGGUCGUGAAGCCUAUUCCAGACAAAUCUCCUUUCAGUCAUGUCGGACAGAUUGGCUUUUACAGAAUUAUCAUUGCAGGCGUGGCAUCUGUAAAGUUGAAAUUGAUGGUGGAAUAGUGAAAAGUAAUAAUAGGGUAGACCUAUUCUAUAUUGGUUAAUUUAAUCAUUCUGAAAGGUUGACAAGUGUGUAUUAAUACUAUUCAAAGGCCCUUCAUGGAAUAAUGCUAUAGAAUAUGGAUAAUUCAAUCACAAUUAAAAGCAUUAAAACUGUUUGACUUUAUAGUUUUAUAGUCUUUUACACUGAAUGGGAUUGCUCCAAGUGCUGUUCUGAAUGGUCUUUAUUAACGCUUCACUUACAGCAAUACUCUGACAUGGCUCUUGUGUUUCUGUGAUGCUGUUGUGUUCUUUAACUUCACGUUUGGCCCCAUGACCUUAAGCUGCACCUGCUAGAGACGCACUUAUCCUCACACUUCCUCUUUACCGGCAGGUGUAUGAAAAAGAAGUCAUCUAAUUCAGGCUUUCUCUCUCUCUUCUUUGCUUUUAACUAAGAAACUGGGUACUGUCGAAUAGACAAAAUCCAAAUGUAGUUUUCUAUAUUUUUAGUUUAAUGUUCAAGUUGUGCAUUCCAGCCUUUUUGUUUGUUUGCUUGUUGGCAUAGAUCAUUUUAUUUGUAUCACUUGCUAUGACAGCCACCUCUGGAACAAAAAAGGGUGAAACCAGUUGUAUUUGCUUACAGGAUGUCUGUCAGACAGCUACACAGAUUACUAUUUCAAUGAUGUGCUUGGGAGAAAGGAAGAAAUAUCAAUAAGCAGCGAGUCUUGCUUUUUUGUGUAACAUAUCUCACAUCAGUUGCUGCAAUGUAAAAGUGACAGAGUUGUAUAUUGGUUGAUCCAAAGACAUGAUGAUCACAACAACAAAACUAUUGACUUAUUGUACAGUACAGUGUAUGACUUUUGAGUUGUAAUGUGUUAUGUUGACAUGAUUAAAAAUACAAACCAG